GCAGGUUGCCUCCAAACUGCAACCGGACGGAUAUAAAAAACAAGACCAACAGACAGAUGGCUGGAGUACACGUCUGCUCCGUGUGACACUGCUGGAUAGAUAUUUUUGUGAACUUGUCGUCGUUUGGACCUGAGCGGGAACACAGCGGGACGCCUGAGAAGAGCACAAAAAGAACUUUUUAUUUUCUCUUUCUUCGUUGGAAGAUAUAGUGUUUCUCUCUAAGUUGGUUGCGCAACGGUGAACCAAGUACAAGUCAUUUUAAGUUCGGGUGUUUUAUACCGUCUUGUGGAGCUGCGAGGCGGACACCAGAGAAGCGACGCUGAGGCAGCCACCUGACCUCCUGGAAAAUAAGACCGCAGUUAAUGACACGCAGGCUGAGAUCCUUACGUGGCUCAUUACUAAGCUCUCUGGCGGAGCGGGACGACUUUUCCGCGGGGCUGUUGCGUGUUCAGUCUCGACGCACCCUAUCACGCGUGAAGUUUGCAGAAUCCAAUUGCUGAAAUCCACCUAAAUGAUGGUAAGUGCUAAUUAAUAUGUGUCAACUGUGAAAUUGAAUUAGUUGGACUUAAUUGGCCGUGGAAGUUGCCCCUUUGAUCGCUCUAUCCAGCAAAUUGCGAGUAGUAAGUGGAUCAUCUGUCACAACCAAACAGACAGCAUGGAUAUAACCGGAGUGCACGUCCUCCAGCGGUCGUGAUGCCAAGGGCCAGUCUAAUCCCGUGCCACCUGCCCGUUAUGCUUGCUCUCUAACCCGCACCAGUGUGGCGCCGCGUCCCGGACACACUGCCAGGAUGAGCAGCACCGACCUGGAGCGGAUGUCGCUCAGCUCCUCGGCCAACUCGGUGGCCUCCAGCGCGCGGACGCUCUCGGCCAACGUGAGGAAGCUGCACAACGCGCUCAACCUCCUGCUCAACGACUUCGAGAGGGAGCAGUUCAUCCACUGCCUCAACGUCUACCACUCCAAACGCAACGUGUACGACCUGGUGCAGACCCUCAACGUCAUCCUCAACGCGCCCAGCAAGCGGCAACUUCUGCCCAUGCUGCGGCUGGUCAUCCCCCGCUCCGAUCAGCUUCUCUUCGAGCAGUACACCUCAGAGGGCCUCUACUUAAAGUCGGAUUUGGCUGCAAGCAACGGCAGCACCGACCCCACGCCGGGCGACUUCCCCAGCGCCAGCCCGACUCCUCCGGGGCAUUUCUCGCCAAACAUCCCGCCCGAGUUUCAGGUGGCGUUGCGGGGCUCGCCGGACAGCUUCAGCACCAGCAGCGACGGGACAGCUCCCCUGGUGCCGCUUCUCGGGAGGAACUUUGUCCACGAGCCGCCGGGCGAGCUGCGGCAGGUCACCAUGAAGCGGCAUAAGAGCAACGAGGGCUUGGGCUUCAGCAUCCGCGGCGGCUCGGAGCACGGGGUCGGCAUCUAUGUGUCCCUGGUGGAACCGGGGAGCCUGGCGGAGAAAGAGGGUCUCCGGAUCGGUGACCAGAUCAUGAAAGUCAACGACAAAGUCUUCGACAAAGUCACUCAUGCUGAAGCAGUGAAGGUGCUGAAGGGCAGUAAAAAGCUUUGUCUCUCUGUGCGUUCAGUCGGGCGGAUUCCAGGUGGCUAUGUCACCAACCAUGUUUAUACCUGGGUUGACCCUCAGGGUCGGAGUGUGUCCCCUCCUCCUGACCUGCCUGAGCAUCGGAGCGCCACCCUGAGAAGAACUGACAGCCAGCGACGCAGCAACAUGCAGCUUCUGCAGGAGGGAGACGAGAAGAAGGUCAACUUGGUUUUAGAUGACGGCCGGUCUCUGGGUCUGAUGAUCCGGGGGGGAGCAGAAUAUGCUUUGGGUAUUUACAUCACUGGAGUGGACCAGGGGUCAGCAGCAGAGUGUGGAGGACUGAAGGUUGGUGACCAGAUCUUGGAGGUGAAUGGGCGCAGCUUUCUGAGCAUCCCGCACGACGAAGCCGUCAGGGUCUUGAAGUCGUCACGACACCUGAUGAUGACGGUGAAAGACGUGGGCCGCCUGCCGCACGCCAGGACAGUGGUGGGUGAGACCAAGUGGAUCGCCAGCUCACAGAUCGCAGAGAGCUCCGCCAACAGCAGCAUGGCAGGCUUCUCGGUGGACAAAGGAGCCUCUGCAGCAGGAAAGCCUGGAUUUUAUAAAGGCGUGGCAGGCUCCCAGGUGACCCUGUCCAGCCUGGUGAACCAGUCGCGGGCAAUGCUGGAGGAGCAGGCCCGCCACUUGCUGACAGAGGCGGAGCGGCAGACCAUGAGCUACUACGUGGAGGAGUACCGGGACGGACACAUCGGUGUGGAGCAGCUGGUCGUGGCGCUGUUCGAGCUACUCAACACGCAUGCAAAGUUCUCUCUGCUGUCAGAGGUGCGAAGCUUGGUCACCCCACAGGACCUGGAGCAUUUUGACGGGCUGGUGCUGCGACGGGAAAUUCAGGCUCUGAAGGCGCGACAGGGGACAGCUGGGGCCACAGCACACAAACCAGACUCCCUGUCCAUGGUGUCAUAUCCAGACACCCUGACCUCAUCUUCAGCCAGCUUCAUGACCAACACCACCCUCAGCUCUGCAAGGGAAAGGCUGCUCUGGCUGAUAGAUAUGAUGGAGAACGACAGCGUGGUGGAGAGUAAUGAGGAUGUUCCUCCGGAGAGUCUGAACACGCUGCUGACCGACAUCUCCCUGGACGAAGUGCAGUCCUUCACAGCUGAAUCCCCCCCCUCCUUCAAGCCUCCGCCCCCACCAGGGGUGCAGAGGCACCCAAGUAAACGAGAUCAGCUCAACAAAUGCCCCUCAUCCGAAUCCUCCCACUCAGGCUUGUACUUCACAGCCCCGACCUCUCACAACCACAGCAAAGAGCCAGGACACACCCCCGCCUCGCCCUCACUACACCACAAACGAGAACAUCCCAUGGACCCUUCUCGGGACUACGCGGCCAUAAGAAAGAGAAAACCCUCGGUACCUUCCAAGAAAGAACAAAUAACAGCUGCUCAGUUGUCCAUGGUCACCCAGCACAACAUCGGCCCCUUCCCCAGGGUCCAAUCCCCCAGCAGAGGCACCACACCUGCUACCCCCUCCCCUUCACCACCGCCUCCACCUCCACUCCCUGCUCCUCCUCCGCCCCCUUCUCUGCCCCUAAAGUCAGUGUCCAUGUCCAAAGCCUCCUCUCCUGGUUCUAAACAACAGUUUGUUACAGUGGAGGUUCACAGGCACAACGCAGAGCCCGACGUUAACGAGGUGCGGCCGCUGCCCCAAGCUCGAGGUGGCGCCCUGUCUCAGCUGUCAGACAGCGGCCAGACUCUCAGUGAGGACAGCGGGGUGGACAUAGCUGAGUCAGGACACAUCAGCAAAGACAGCAGCCCCCAUUCCUCACGCACACGUCAACCCCGAGACACCCUGGGGGGCGGGGGGGACAACCCCUCCAAACCGCCUGGGCUGUUGGAGCCCACUUCUACACUAGUGAGGGUGGCAAAGAGUGCCAGCACCCUGGGUAUUGCCAUUGAAGGUGGAGCCAACACUCGCCAGCCGCUGCCACGAAUUGUCACAAUACAGAGGGGUGGUUCAGCUCAUAACUGUGGCCAGCUGAAGGUGGGUCAGGUGAUCCUGGAGGUAAACGGGGUUUCCCUGAGGGGCCGUGAGCACAGGGACGCCGCACGCCUCAUCGCUGAGGCCUUCAAGACCAAAGAGAGGGACUACGUGGACUUCCUGGUGACCGACUUCAACGUGGCACUAUAGCUGAGUGGAGGAGGAGAGAGGACGAUGACGAGGCCAGUACAGGAGAAGAAGAGUCCGGGGACAACAUGAGAGGAAGAAAUUCAAAGCAUUUGUUGAUUUAAAUGGCACAACUCUUUUAGAACCACCAACUGAUCUCUGAGCCCUUUCUCAAAAACCCACCCUUGAGUCUGGACACAAAUUUACAAGGUAUUACUUCUGCUGUGGACUUCAUUCAGGAUUCUCCUCAACAUGUUACCUCCCCACUGUGAGACCUUAUGCACUAAAAAUGGAAAGUAGUGAAACCUAUACGUUUUGUUUGUUCUCUCAGCAACCAUUUGAAACUCACUGGAACUUCUCGUAGCACUCCCAAGUCCCAUGGUCAGUUUAUUUAUUUCUUUUUUGCUUCUAUCUGAGAGACAACUGCACAUCUAAGACUAAUUCACGCUUGACUUUAUAAGCUUGGAUUUGUAAAUGUAAAAAUGAACAAAUGUAGAUACAGAUGCAUAUAUACCGUACACAUAAAGAUACUAUAUGAAUUAUAAAACCUGUGACAUCUGUUGCAUCAUCGACAUAUAGUAAUAUAUUUCAAAGAUAAUGAUAAUUCAGGCCAUCCUGGCAAGUGAGGCCUGUCUGCGUACUACUACCCUUUCACAAAUGAAGCUAACAAAGAUACACAUCAUAUGCUCAUAAUUGUUUAAUGAGACAAACAAAAAGACACGUGAAUGAUGGAAAUCUUCAGAUGGGUUCCACACAAAUGUGCGUUCAUUUCCUUUUUCCUUUCUGCUUCUCCCUGUGUAUCUGUAUUGUUUGAGACUGUCCACACUUAGACAGCUGAAUUUGAAAAUGCUGUUUACGGGUGUCCACAAUACAAACAUUAAGAAGUG